CCACAUUUCCCACCAUGUAAAGGAAAUACUCACUUCUUCCCUGUCUGCUAGACUUCGGUAUAUCCGCAUAUGCUUCAAGCAUCUCCUCUUUAUUAUCCUCCAUUGUUAAAUGCUUCCAAAAAACAUAGUUUCUGCCAUUCUCUUUCAAUGGCGCCUGCGCUUCCAAUGCUUCAGCAAACCAGCAUUCUCUUCAGCUCCACUUCCAAGUCUUCGAUUCUGAAUUCCCCUUUCGUGUUCACCUCCUUCGGCCACUUCAAUUGUGCAGCGAGGCGGCUUAGCUCCGUUUCAUCCGCGCUCUUCUCGUCGUCGCGGCCGUGUAUUGGCGUUUCGCGAGUUUCCACCGCGCCGGUAGAGUACGUUCCGCCGGCGCCGGAUUUUGACUUCCACAAGGAAAUUGGUAGACUGAAGGCUCUGAGGUCGAGGAUUUCGGAUUGUGCGAGUUUGGAUGGGAGGAUUAGAGUAGUGGACUCCGAUUCUCGAGUGAAGUCGUUUUUCUACUCGAGGCAUAGUGGAUUCUCCAGGUUUCUAGGGGCGUUGAAUUUGGAUAAAUAUGAAGUGUUUUUGCUUAAGUGUUUGGUGGCUGCUGGGCAGGAGCAUGUAUUGGGGGAAUUCGGCGGCGAUUUUGACUCGGAACGGAGUUCGCUCAAGAGCGCGCUCUAUGCUUUGGCUGAGAUGAUUGAGAAAUGGGAUGUGAAUGAAGGCGGCGGCGGCGGGGGAGGCCUUGGACUUGGAGAAGAAGAUAUUAGGGCAUUGAGGUCGCUAUUGAAGUCCCUGGGAGAGAUUGAGCAAUUUUAUGAUUGCAUUGGAGGCAUAAUUGGAUAUCAGAUAAUGGUUCUUGAGCUUCUUGUUCAUUCAACUUCGGAGAGACAGACAAACAAUUGGUCUGCUCACACAGAUAAAUCGUUGGGACGUGAGAUCAUAGAAAUACACCCUCCUUGUGCACUUGAUCUUUCUCGGGACGUAGAAUAUGCAUCUCAAGCAGCCCUUUGGGGAAUAGAGGGUUUGCCUGACUUGGGAGAAAUUUACCCUCUUGGAGGCUCAGCAGACAGGCUUGGCUUGGUUGACCCUGACACAGGUGAAUGUCUUCCUGCUGCAAUGCUUCCUUACUGUGGGCGUACACUUUUGGAAGGCCUUAUAAGAGAUCUUCAGGCUAGAGAGUUCCUCUAUUAUAAGUUGUACGGACAUCAAUGCAUCAUUCCAGUUGCAAUAAUGACAAGUGCUGCCAAAAACAAUCAUAAGCGCAUUACGUCUCUGUGUGAAAAACAUAGCUGGUUUGGAAGAGGAAGAUCUAAUUUUAUAUUUUUUGAACAGCCUCUUGUUCCAGCUGUUAGUGCCAAAGAUGGGCAGUGGUUGGCUUCUGGACCAUUCCUGCCUGUGUGCAAGCCUGGUGGUCAUGGUGUGAUAUGGAAACUUGCAUACGAUAAAGGUGUUUUCCAGUGGUUCCGUGAUCAUGGACGAAUAGGGGCAACUGUCCGACAAGUCAGUAAUGUUGCGGCAGCUACAGAUUUAACCCUUUUGGCUUUGGCGGGAAUUGGUUUGCACCAUGGGAAGAAAUUGGGCUUUGCAUCCUGUAAGCGAAGUACUGGAGCUACUGAAGGAAUAAAUGUUUUAAUGGAGAGGAAAAGCCUCAAUGGAAAUUGGAAAUAUGGCCUGUCUUGUAUUGAAUACACUGAGUUUGACAAGUUUGGAAUCAGGGAUGAGCCUCUUCCUUGUAACAGUUUGCAGGCUGAGUUUCCUGCUAAUACAAAUAUUUUAUACAUUGAUUUACCUUCUGCUGAGAAUGUUGGGUCAAGUAAAGAUGAGAAGUGUUUGCCAGGAAUGGUUCUUAAUGUGAAGAAACCAAUCACUUACAGGGACCAGUUUGGGACCAACCACAGUGUCCCUGGAGGUCGUCUUGAAUGCACAAUGCAAAAUAUUGCUGAUAAUUUCUCCAAUAUGUUUCCAUCACGAUGUUAUGAAGGUGUAAAAGAUGGACUAGAUACUUUCAUUGUAUAUAAUGAAAGGAAGAAGGUUACAUCGUCUGCUAAGAAGAAAAGGACUCAUGCUGCCAAGUCUUUACGUCAGACUCCCGAUGGUGCACUGUUGGAUACCAUGCGUAAUGCGUAUGAUAUUCUUUCCCAUUGUGGGAUAAACAUUCCACAGAUUGAAGGUGACAAUAAGUAUGUGGACUCUGGACCACCAUUUCUUAUACUUCUUCAUCCUGCUUUGGGGCCUCUUUGGGAAGUCAUUAGACAAAAAUUUCAUGGGGGUUCCAUCUCUGAAGGUUCAGAGUUACAGAUAGAGGUUGCUGAGUUUUAUUGGAGAGAUGUCCAGCUUGAUGGAAGUUUGAUUAUUUUGGCCGAGAAUGUUAUGGGUUCAACUAUGCUAGAUGAAAAUGGUGAAACUGUGCUACAGUAUGGAAAGAGGUGUAGCAGAUGUAAGCUCAAGAAUGUCAAGGUUCUUAAUGAUGGCAUUGAUUGGAAUUCUAGAGACAACUUAUACUGGAAGCAUGAUGUGCAGCGAUUUGAGUCUGUAAAGGUGAUACUGCAUGGAAAUGCUGAAUUUGAAGCAAUGGAUGUUAUUUUACAGGGAAAUCAUGUAUUUGAAGUUCCUGAUGGCUACAAAAUGAAGAUAACACCCGGAAAUUCAGGUUUUGAAGUUCAACUUAAUGCCAUUGAGAAUAGAUCAAUGGAUUCUGGAACCUGGUUUUGGAACUACAAGAUAAUGGGCACCCAUAUUCAAUUGGAAUUAGUGGAAUCAUAGGAGAUGUAACCAAAUGCCUACACAUCACCUUCGUGAAUCAUGGUUCAUGGAUGGACUUGCUGCUCAGUCGCUGAUUGUCUGGUUGAACUGAAGUUGAACCUUUCCAGCUAUCUUUUCAUUUUGUAAUAAUAUAAUAUGUCUAGUGAGUAGUAAUAGGAGAGAAGCAAAAGGGGCCACGGCUACUUGUAAUCUAGUUGCAAAUCAUGUAUAAAAAGCAAAAAUUACAGAUCCCGCAACCGUAGUUGUAUAUUUGUUCUAAUUAUUGUAGUAAUUCCUCGUGUAUAUUUAUCUGCUACUAUAGCAUUUACUCAAAAAACAGUGUAACCAUUCAGUAAUUUCUAUAGAUAAUUGUCAGUUGCUUCA